AUGUCUAUCCGUAAUCGUGGGCCCAAUAAGGAGUCGAACGUUAUUGUUGAAGAGAAGGACACAACGAAGAAGAAGGGAAUGAGAAGUCUUUACUAUUACCACGAGCUUGAUGAAUGGCAACAAGACAAUCAUUAUAUCAAAUCCGGAUACGUGAAGGAAACAGGACUGAUAAGGGAUUGUUUUGAACUGUUAUUGUAUGUUCAUAACGAAACAGGGAAUAUAUAUUCUCAUCUACUUCCAAGUCUUUCUUUAAUGGGAUUCUUACUAUGGUAUAUUAAUGGCCCACUUGAACAAUAUGAGAACUCAUUGGGUAUCUGGGAAAAGCUCAACAUUGCACAGUUUGGAAUGGCGGCUACGUUCUGUAUGUUCAUGUCUUCAACUUUCCAUUGCAUUAAGUCUCACUCACAUCGUGUAAGCAAGAUCGGCAACCAGUUGGAUUACUUUGGAAUCAUCUUUUUGAUUACCAUCUCUUUAGUAUCCAUAAUUCGCUUUGCCUUCUAUGAUCAUCCAGUUGUGAAAUACGUCUUUUGUGGUAUUUCUGGUAUCCUUGGAGGUAUUUGUACGUUCAUCACUUUAGACCCCAAGUUUCUGUCGAAUGUUUACAGGCCCUUCCGCCUGAAGAUGUUCAUACUCUUUGGUCUUUCUGGAGUUCUUCCAGUGUUGACAGCUGUGUACAUGUUUGGAUAUUCCAAUGCUGUUGCUCGUGCCAAUGCCUUCUGGCUCGUCCUUGAAGGUGUCUUCUAUAUAACUGGAGCAGUUCUUUAUGCUGCUCGAUUCCCUGAACGCUUAACUCAUGAUCAUCGAAAGGAAGUGGGCCAUUUCGAUAUUUGGGGCCACAGUCAUCAAAUAUUCCAUGUGUUGGUUGUUAUUGCAGCUUGGUGUCAUUGGAAGGCUCUAAUUGGUUCAUACCAUUACUUACACAGAGUUACACUUCCACUGAUGUCGGUCUAG